AUGCCCGAGACCGAGCCAGGCUUGGCAUCCUGCUUUGGCUAUGGCUCGCUCAUAUGGAAGCCUCCCCCAGAGCAUGUCGUCUCUUCGCGUAUCGGCCGGAUACGAGGCUACGUUCGGCGGUUCGCUCAGAGCUCCUCAGAUCAUCGCGGCACUCCACAGCAUCCGGGACGCGUCGUCACGUUGGUGGAGACAACGACAUGGCGCGCUCUAUGCACGUCAGGCGAUGAGCCUGAUGCCCUGGCAACGCAUGAAGAUUGCUGGGGUGUGAUCUAUUACUUUGACCCUAUCCAUUCGGUCUCUGUAAGGAGCUACAUGGACCACCGCGAAAAGGAUGGAUACACACUUCAGCCUGUACAAGUCGUCUGCCCAACCUCGUCAGGGGACGAGAUUACCAUGUGCUACGUCGGCUUGCCGGCCAAUCCUUCGUUCGUCGGCCCAGCACCGCUGCACGCGCUAGCGAACCAUAUCGCACACUCGAAAGGCCCGUCAGGACGCAACGAUCAGUACCUUUUUGCAUUAGAACGGGCAGUAGAGACGCUAUCACCGCUUGCGCACGACGAAUACCUGUCGACUCUCGCAGAUCUCGUAAGGAAAUGCAAUGCGUCCUAG